UGUUGAGAACGUACUGAUGCAUGAACGUGAAACUCGCUUAACGUUGCUGGCAUUUCUUUGUGUUUGGCAGACAUUUAAGUGGGGGUGCGCAUUGACGCAAUAACUCUGAAAAACACUUUUUUUUUUUCUUUCGUAAACUUUUUAAUCGUGUAUUCUAAUCUCGGUGCUCGUGGCACUCAGUCUGUCAGUCCUUCCGCUGCAGCAACCGCAACGGUGGCGGGACGGACGGUACUAGAGGCGAGGCAGAAACUGUAACACACUGUAAGUGUAACACACAGUCACUGUGAGUGACAGUUAGCUUAUCGGAUAUAAUUAAUUCUGUGCAGGUUUAUGGUUCUUUCUGAGAGCGGCCCACAGGGAGCUUCUCUUGGAGUAUGGCGGAUGAAGCUCUCUUCCAGUUUCUCCACAAUGAGCUCAUUCAGUACGUGUACAAGUCGUCCGAGCAGGGCGAAAUGGAAAAUGCCCGAUGCAUCACCAAGCUGGAGAACAUGGGUUUCCGAGUAGGUCAGGGCUUGAUUGAAAGGUUCACAAAGGACACUGCACGAUUCAAGGAUGAGCUGGAUGUUAUGAAGUUCAUAUGCAAAGAUUUCUGGACCAGCGUUUUCAAAAAGCAAAUUGAUAAUCUGAGAACAAACCACCAGGGCAUUUAUGUGCUGCAGGACAAUAAAUUCCGACUGCUGAGCCAGCUGUCUGCAGGGAAACAGUACCUGGAACACGCUCCAAAGUAUUUGGCGUUCACCUGUGGACUAGUCAGAGGAGGACUGGCCAAUCUGGGAGUGAAGAGCAUCGUCACGGCAGAAGUCUCCGUUAUGCCUGCUUGUAAAUUUCAAGUCAUGAUACAGAAGGUGUAGCUAUCAGAAGAAAUCACUGGACCCCAUUGUGACACCCCUGCACGCACUUGAAACUCAGACAACCAUAUGUUUUGUUGCCUUUUAAAUGUUUAAAGUGUUCUUGUGUGCAGGCAGUGCUGUGGCAUAGUUAUUAUUUUUCCAUUGCCAUUGAAAUAAUAGUGUUUUAAUGUGUAUGAUAUCUGCCUUUAACCAUCUAAGUAUGCAAACAAGAUCAUUGAUUUGCAGUCAUCUUAAAUUAAAGGACAGGCACUGUUGACAUA